AGAAGUGUUUUUAAACUUUGGGAACGAAGAAAGAAAGAUGCGUUAACUUUAAUAUUUCAUCAACCAAACGAUUGAUUACAUAAUGAAUUAAUAAACUACGGACAAUAAAGUUUCUAUUUCAUUGGACUGUUUAAAAGGUCUCCCAAGUGUCUGAUCGCGCCAUCUUACUACGUUCCUUGGAAGCUACACGCGCGAAAACGGUCGCCUUCCGCUCGCUUCUUCCCGGCUCGUGGGCCAUUUCUAAUCCUCUCCUCCGUUGGCCGCAAACAAAACGCUGCGUACCUAACCUGGCAGAGGCUUCCAAAGAGGUGUACGUGGCGUCGGCGUUGGCGACGGCGUCCUGAUUACGGUGCCGUCCCGCGUCGGGUGAGUUGGCGUAAUCCACCGAGCAUGAUGGACGAGGAUGUGGUCGAGAUCGAGAACGUGGAGAAUGUCUGCAGACUGUGCCUUGCCACGGACGGGCCUAGGUCCUCGGUCUUCGCGACGGAGAAGGAGGAUGACGAGAGGGAGGACUCGUCCGGCGUGCCGCUGGCCGAUAAGAUCCAGGCCUGUCUGUCGAUUCAGAUUUCAGCAACCGAUAAGUUGUCAACGCUGAUAUGUGCAAAUUGCGUAAAAAACGUCAAUCAAUGGCAUACUUAUAAAGAAUCAUGUUUGCGGUCUCAGGAUAAGCUGCAAGAAUGGCUGGCAAAUCAAUUGCAUUUAAAUCCUACUGUUGUAACGAUCAAGGAUGAACCUAUGGACAUUGAUUAUGAAGAUAAUGUGGAAAUAAUCUCCGAGAUUACUAAUAAUUUAGAACAACAAUCACAGCCAAUUCAAACAGUGGAACAUAAUGAACCCAAUGAUGAGAAAGAGCAAGAUAAAACUGAUAACAAUGAUGCGAAAGAUAACAACGAAGAACCAAUUCCUGAACCAAUUCCAUCUGGAAUUGUGGAAACGGAAAAGGAAACUGACAAGGAAGAAAAUCAAACGGAAGAAAAUCGAACGGAAGAAACUCAUCAAGAAGAUGUUCCUCUGCGCUCUAUUAAAUGCGAGCCGCAAGAUGAUGACGAUACCGAUUGUACCAUAGAAUUAGAAUCCACGAAUAGCAGUGAGUUAUUAAUGAAUUCCAUGUCAGUCGACGAAACGGACACAGUCAUGGAAGCCGAUUCCACGCAGAAAUCUAAUUCGGUCGGCGCACCGGCUAAAAAGAAAUUCAGACGCGGGCCUCACACUCACUUUAGAGGAACGCGCGUCUUUAAGCAGAAGUGCAUGCACUGCCAGAUAUUCUUGCACUCCAAAUAUUCAUACAUGAAGCACAUGAACAGGUUCCACAGUAAAGAGAAUGGUGUCGAGAAUUUAGAGUCACAGAAUGACGAGGAAGAGAUGAUCGAGGAUUUGGAGGAUGAACUGGUUAGCAUGGAAAAAGAUUCACCGCUGACGCAAGUCCAACAGGACAUUAUUAGCCAAUUGAAAACUUUCUCUUGCUACUCUUGCGAGCAGACAUUUAACGAUCGACGUAGCACCCUUUCUCACAUACGUCAGCAUUUGCCGGAUUUGAGGCCGUACACGUGUAUCGCCUGUCUGACAGAAUUUCCAGAUCGAUCAAUGUAUCAGCUACACUGCGGAGCUUCCUUUGAAUGCGCUAUGAAGAUCGCCCUAGUCGUACCGAAAAUCGGUAACGAGCGAUACUUUACGUGCAACAUGUGCCUGCGCUCAAUGCCCGGAAGAAAGGAAUUGCUCAGUCACUUGUCGAAACACUCUGACAAGCAGUAUGAAGAGAUGAUGGGACCAGCGCGAGCCCCACCCAAGCUGAAGCCGAUGGCGCCAUUGUCAUCCCCGACGAAAAACAGCAAUAAAAUAACUGGUGGAUUACCUUAUAAAAACGGCGAUCCAACGCAUAAUCACGCCUGCGAUCUGUGCGGCAUGAUCUAUCGAUAUCGACCAAAUAUGCUUAAGCACAAGGAGAUGUGCAAGCAGUUGGAUCCAGAAAGCAGAACAUUAUAUAAAUGCGUACAUUGUUACAUGACGUUUAUUGUAUUCAAGAAGUUUCACUAUCACGUCACGGCAGAUCACAAGAAGAAGGAUUUUACUUGUGCUACGUGCCAUUCCAAAUUUCGAUCGCCCAGUGAUUUUCUGGCCCAUCACGAGACUCAUCGUGAGGCACAAAGCAAUCAGCAAGUGCAGCAUGACAGUUCAAACUCGCAGAAUGCAGUUCAAACGCCAUUGAAGGAACGUAAUGCUUACGAAACAAAUACCAAGUCUAAAAUGAGUCCGCGAAUAUCAAGUGAGAAAUUUAAUUGUCCCCUCUGUCCCAAGAAAUUUUCCACGAAGGUCGAAUUAAAUGAGCAUCGGACUCUCCAUCUCAAAGUGAAGAUAUACUCGUGCGCUAUUUGUCGCAGUAUGUUCAGCAGCGCUGGUGCCUUGGAGAUUCACAUGAAGGAUCACGGUAUUGAUGACCCAAAUGAAAGGAAUGCCAAUGUCUCUUGCGUAGAAUACGGCAGCUUGAAUGAGGACGUGGCGAUUGAUAAAGAUUCGAUGAAUACUAGUACCGUCUCGGAUCCUGGCAGUCAGAGUCACAAGUGUAGCGAGUGUGGUAAGGUAAUGUCAAGUUAUGCUAAUCUCCGACGACAUUUCAAAAUCGCUCACCGGAACUCUAAGGUCUACGAUUGUGCUGAAUGCUCGCGAAUGUUUAUGCGUAAAGAUCUGUACGAGAAUCAUAUGCAGCUCAAGCACAACGGCAAGAAGACAAUGAUACAGUGUCCAGAGUGCCCUAAGAGUUUCGUCUUCCAAACGAACUUCUCUUAUCAUUUCCGUACCGCUCACCUCGAAAAAUCGCAGAACGGUUACGCUUGUGAUAUCUGCGGCAAAGUCUUUAACGAAGAGGCAUCCUUGAAAAUACACAGAGGCUGGCACAAUCGCGCCAACUCGCGUCUGAGCACUCGAUUUAUAUUGGGCAGUCCGAGAUCGUCUAAUAACGCGCAGAGGGAAUCCAGCAACGUUGAAUCUACUGGCGAAACUUCAGAAAGGCCAGCGAGAGCAAGGAAAUCCUUCCCCAAUCCUCCACUUCAAUCACCAAUGAAGAAGACAUCAGGAAAUUUCCAAUGUCAGGUAUGCAAUGACAAAUUCAACGACGUUACAGAGCUGAGGACCCACUUGUGGGACGUCCACUGUGCCCGCAACAAACCAGAGAAAAAUUUCUCCAAUGACGAGCUCCAAUGCGAACUAUGCACGAAUAUUUUCCCCGAUCAGGAAACCCUGGCAGCUCAUAUGCGAUGGCAUAAGGCCAACCCGAUUCUCAGUGACAUACGAAAGACGUUCACCUGCGACGUAUGCGGCAAGUGUUAUAGUUCGAAGAAGGUUCUAUAUAAGCACAAGAGACUUCACAAAGCUACCGUUGUAGCAUCGAUCAAAUUCCAAUCUUUAGCCAGAAAACCGAUGGCUUCACAAUUCUUGUGCAACUUCUGUCGCAAAAUCUUUUCUAGCAGCCAGUCUUUGCAACGGCACAAACUCAGCUUCCACAGUGAGCCGCUAAACCAACAACGUUCGCAGCAGCAGCAGCAGCUAUACAACAGCAAUCGAGCAUUGUCAUUCGAGGAUGAACCGAGAACAAAACGUAUGAAAUACGAGCUCGAAAAUGAUUCACAGGCCAAACUGUCUCCCUUCGCCAUGGACUUUGCUGGUGAGAGAAGGAAGCCGGUUAUGUGUCACGUUUGCAAGAAAAUGUUCGCUAACAUGAGUGUUUUGUACAAGCACAAACAAAUUGUCCACAAGGCCCGAAAAGAUUCAACACUUGAAUGCAUACCGAUGUCCACUGGAAACGGUAAGUUUUCGUGUAAUAUCUGUUUCAAAGAAUUUCCUGGUCUGUCGAAUCUGCGACAGCAUUUCACGAUCAAGCAUAAGAAGGCGAGAGCACAGUCCGAAGCCAGCGGCGCAUCGAGCAAUGACAGAUUGUCGCUUCCGACACCCGAACGACCAAAGGAAGUUCCUUCCUACGAAGUGGCCUACAAUAACAUAAUGUACAGUUGUAAGCUGUGCAAGCAGUGCCACGUCUUCAAUAAAGGAUCCAUCAUGAGCCAUAUCACCAAUGUUCACAACACGGUGUACGAGGCCGAUAGCAAGAUGUUCCAUAGGGAAGUUAAUCUGAGCACUUACGUAGUGAAUGAUGCAUUCGGAGCUACUUGUCCGCAAUGUGACGUUAAAUAUCCUAACAACAGGGCUCUUAAGAUACAUUAUAUAAAAUUCCACGAUAAUGCCGAUUAAAAUCAUUGUCAAAGUCUGGAAAGAAAGCCAGACAGGGAAGAAAUAUUUUUUAAAUUAUGACCAUAAAAAUUGGUACACCAUCUUCAUCAUUCUUUCUACACGCUUGGAUGGUAUAUUCCUAAAUUGCGUCAAUUAGCGUUCUAAUGCAUAAUCUGAUUUUUUCCUCGAGCGAUGAAUCGAGUGAUUAUUGUUUCAUAAUACACAUUUUUUGUGAAAAAUUUCGAAUCUUUAUGAUUAGUAUGUAAAGACAAGGUACGUAAUUGUUGCCAUAAUUUCGUGAACUUAAAUGUUAAAAACAAUAAUACAUGCGUUAUUUUAAGAUACAGGAGAUGUGCUAUUUUAGUUGCAUAUUUUUAAUAUUUUAAUAUUUUAGUUUUAAAAUAUAUUUUGUUUAAAUAUAUUUUUUGUUUAUUUUUCUAACAAAAAAACGAUUAAAAUAUUUAGGAUAUGCAAUUAACAUAGUUAUCCUGUAUGUAUUCUUGACAAAAUAUUUUGCAAAUAUUUUUAUCGACAAAAAUUUAUGUAUGAAUAAUUUCUUGUUCUAUAUAGCAAUUGUAUAACUGCAACCAAUGAGGUAUGUAAAUAUUAAAGCGGAUAUAAAAUAAAUUAUAUAGUGAGUUCGUGAAAUAUGGUAGCCUCUCGGUGCAGUAACGACAAGUUAAUCGCUGCAGUCAGGUACACCUAUAAUGACCAAUUUUUCCAUAAGAUUGAACUUUCAAUGUGUUUGUUUAUAAGCAUCAUGUUAUCACGAUUUCAAUGCGUGUGUAUAUGUUUACAUAUUUUUUUCAAAAAAAGAUAAUAGAAUAAUUUUAAAGUAAUUGCUAUCAUUAAUCGAAUCGAUAGAUUUCUCAAUAUCUUUGUCUGGUUGCAGUGAUAAUGAUGAUAACCAUCUCGGGGGAUAUUGGAAGAGUGCUUAAAUUUCUUUAUCUACAGUAUAGAUACAUUGGGUAUAACUAUUAUAUAUGUAUGCAAAUAAAAAUCAUAAAUAUCUUGCUUAUAUGUAACAGUAUUUAUUAAGAAUUUCCCGUGUUAUUUUCGUCUAAUUUGAUAAUUCACGCGUCUCUUUCUCGGUUUUUCUUUCGUCUUCUUCUCUGGUUACAUUAGCAAUGCGUUAUAUUAGUUUUAUUACUUAAUUGUAUUUGUAUUUCCAAUGUAUGAAUUAUAGCAAUAAAAAAGGAAAGAGUUA